CCUCCCCGUGGUGAGUCCUGGGUAGUUCUAGCCACAAAUACAAUGUGGUGUGAAAUAGCCGAGAGUUGCACGAUUUCAUUAUAACACUCUAAAAGUUAGGGGUUGUGCUCAAAUUAAUGGUGUUUUGCCCUGAGAGGUUAUUUAACGUAGUUCAACCACAGGUAUCUCGACCGCCUUUUAUUCAAGAACGCCUGGAACCUCUUUCCUCUGUAUGAAGUUGUUUUAUUAACCGUUGGCCCGUAUAGAUGUUUUUUAACACAUUUAAUAUAAUAAUCCUUUAUUGUUUAGUUGAAUCCAUCGUCAUCCAAUUAUGGGUUCACUGCAAUCUAUAGUGCAUUAUCCGAAUAUGCAAAGAGGUACCCAGUUUUGCUUUAGAUUUUUCAUCAUUGAACGCCCAUUGAACCUGCGGUUUGCCGUUUUUGAAACUCCGAGACGGUCCCGCCAACCUUCACCAGGAGCAAGGAUGAAAAUCUUCUGGUGGCGCUCGAGAAACCCACACCGACUGCCGACUUCUGCAGAUUUAUUGUAACGUGAUUUAAAAUUAAUUCAUAUACAUAUAAUUGUCACUCUUUUAUUUUCUUAAUUUAACAUUAUUUUAAUGUAAUUAAUUCGAGUUGAGUUCUAAGGAACCGAUUUGCACUGGAAUCACUGAUAGAUCGUUGCAGCACACACCGCCGUCUACAUCAUAUAGUACAGUAAUGCUUUACCUGGUAGGGCGUUUGAUCCUGUCUACGGAAGAACCCGUAAUGGAGAUGGAGAUGUACCCAAAUGGAGUGGCGUGGAACCGCAAGCAGCACAAAUCUAAUUUAAAGAUUGUUGCCUGCACGACACGUUCGCAGAUAUUUACUGCACGGAAAUGGGUAUCCGCCUUCAUGGAAAAAGAACGACAAAAAGCUGACAGAAAACAGAUGAACGCCAGCUUUCGGUAUGUCCACGUUUCGAAUUUUCAGCGUAGUUUGGGUAAUGGCCAUAUCUUUGGAACCUCCAUCAUCGCUUGGUAAAUAUGAUAUUUGACGACGACAACCAGGUGAUGCUGGGUAGUCCAGCCGGGCCUGGGGGAGCCUCCCAGAGGGGACUCUGGCCCUUAGCUCCCGCUCCAGCGCCCCCCAUCUCCAGCUUUACGACCGACGGGUUCGGUCGAUAUGGAGUUUACUCUUUGUUUCCUGGUGGUCCGAAUCUAGGCGGUGCCAUAUACUCGCAUGCAAGCACAAUCGGGCGUUUUUCUUCCGGUGUUCCACCAACGGGGGCGCCAUUUCAUGCGACAC